CCCGGCCCCGCGCAGCUCCGCCACAGCCCGGGAGCUGUCCCUUCAGCACCGCCGCCGGAGCCAGAGCGUAGCCCCGCGGAAGCCCAGCUCAAGGCGGAGCGCUCACCGAGCGCAGCGCUCCGCGGCCGCCGCACCGAGCAGCGCCCCGGGUGCCCCUGCCCAGGGGGCCCGCCAUCUCCUCCAAGAGGCGGGGAGAAGGAUCGAGGAGGGCGGGCGGGCAGGCAGGCGCGCCCGCCACCGGGGGGAGCAGGCAGCCAGGCAAGGAGAGAGGGAGGGGGCCGGAGCCCGCCCUGCGCCCCGAGCUGCAGCCCGGCCACGCAGGGAGGAAGGCAACGGCCAUCCAUCUCCCCAGCGCCGAGAGCGCGCUGCGGCGACCACCGCACAGCAGAGCGCGAAUUUCCCGGCCCCCUCUCCACCCUUCCCCCUUCCGGGGGCUGAUCUAUCUGUCCGGCCUUUGGAGCAGCUGACCUUCCCCCAAAAAAGCUUUGUGUCAAUUUCUUCAUUUUCCCGCUGAGAUGGGGACGGGAGCCCGGCCCCCCAACCCUCUUUUCCCUCCUCCCGGGGCUCGCCGCUGAGCGCCGUCCCUCUCCCUCCCUUCCUCCCUCCCUUCCUCCCUCCCUUCCUCCCUCCCUUUCUUCCUUCCUUCUUUCCUCCUCUGCCUCCUCCGCAGCCGGACCCGCUCCCUCCCCACAUCUGGCGCCUAGAGACCCCUGGGAUCCCGCGCACACUCCCCUGGACCAGCACGCGACAGAAAGCGCCCCGAGGGGCUUGGGUCGCUCUUGGGGUGGCCAGAGCCACCAUCCUCUGUACCCCCCGACGGCUGGGGGGAGGGGGGAGGAGGCCCCGCGCCCCCCUCCCCGGCGCCAACUCCCCCUGGCGGCCGCUCCCAUGGGUGUCGCUGGGCCGCGCCAUGCCUAAGGGGGCGCCGCGAUGGGCCAAGGGGACGAGAGCGAGCGCAUCGUGAUCAACGUGGGCGGCACGCGCCACCAGACGUACCGCUCGACGCUGCGCACGCUGCCCGGCACGCGGCUCGCCUGGCUGGCGGAGCCCGACGCCCACAGCCAUUUCGACUAUGACCCGCGCGCCGACGAGUUCUUUUUCGACCGCCACCCAGGCGUCUUCGCGCACAUCCUGAACUACUAUCGCACUGGCAAGCUGCACUGCCCCGCCGACGUGUGCGGGCCACUCUAUGAAGAGGAGCUGGCCUUCUGGGGCAUCGACGAGACCGACGUGGAGCCCUGCUGCUGGAUGACUUACCGCCAGCAUCGCGACGCAGAGGAGGCGCUCGAUAGCUUUGGCGGCGCACCCCUUGACAACAGCGCCGACGACGCGGACGCCGACGGCCCCGGCGACUCAGGUGACGGUGAGGACGAGCUGGAGAUGACCAAGCGCCUGGCGCUUAGCGACUCCCCGGACGGCCGGCCAGGCGGCUUCUGGCGCCGCUGGCAGCCGCGCAUCUGGGCGCUCUUCGAGGACCCCUACUCCUCCCGCUACGCGCGGGUAA